CCUGCCCCUUUAAAUCCUCCUGGCCCUGUCCCUCUCUCUCUCUCUCUCUCUCCCCCCAUCCACCCCGACCCACCCGCGUUAUGCUGUGAUGGAGCAAACAUUGAUCUGUGCUGGGAUGGGACUGGAAUUUUGAUUUUUUUCUCUUGCCUCUCUCCCCCACCCCGCCACCAACCUCGAGAAGAAAAAAACCCAUAAAAAUAGCUCCGCCGCCCCCUCCUCCUUUUCCGCCCACCCAGCCGGGUGGUUCCCCCCUCGCUCCAGCCGAGCGGGGCUCUUUUUUUUUUCCCUCCGUCUCCCCGCGGCUCGGGCCCAGGAUCGGCCCCCGCCCCCCGGCCUCUCUCUGUCCGCCGGCGUGGGGAGGGGGCGUCCCCUGGCCAUGGAUGUUGCCCCCGGGGGCCCGGCUGAGCCCCUGCCCACAUGCUGCUAAGGAUGAGCCCCCGGCCCCGCCUGCCCGCCCUCGGGCGCCGCCGGCCGGCCCCCAUCUGACGCCUCCGACCGUCGCCCGGCGCCCCCGGAGCCGCCGCCUCCUCCUGGUCGUCCUCCUCCUGGUCCUGGUCCUGGUCCCGGUCCCGGUCCCGGUGCUGGUCCCGGUGCUGGUCCCGGUGCUGGUCCUGGUGCUGGUCCUCGUCCUCCUCCCGGGCAUGUGCUGAGCCGGGGCGCGUCGGGGGGAGGGCGAGGCCGAGGCCACACCAACUACAUGCAUGUCCCCCGGGGGCAAGUUUGACUUUGACGAUGGCGGCUGCUACGUGGGGGGCUGGGAGGCCGGGCGGGCCCACGGAUACGGCGUGUGCACCGGGCCCGGGGCCCAGGGCGAGUACAGCGGUUGCUGGGCCCGGGGCUUCGAGUCUCUGGGCGUCUACACGGGCCCCGGCGGGCACAGCUACCAGGGCCACUGGCAGCAGGGCAAGCGCAGCGGGCUGGGCGUGGAGCGCAAGAGCCGCUGGAUCUACCGCGGGGAGUGGCUGGGCGGGCUGAAGGGGCGCAGCGGCGUCUGGGAGAGCGCGUCCGGCCUGCAGUACGCGGGACUCUGGAAGGACGGCUUCCAGGACGGCUACGGCACCGAGACCUACUCCGACGGAGGCACCUACCAAGGCCAGUGGCAAGCGGGGAAGCGGCACGGCUACGGGGUGCGGCAGAGCGUGCCCUACCAGCGGGCGGCCCUGCUCCGGUCCCCGCGCCGCACGUCGCUGGGCUCGGGCCCCGGCGACCCCCCGCCCCCGCCCCCGCCGCCGCCGCCGCCCGGGGAGCCGGGGGGCAGCCCGGCCUCGGGCUCGCGCGGGGGCUUCGUGCUGGCCGGCCCGGGCGACCCCGACGGCGGCGGCCCGCAGCGCCGACGGGGCCCGGGGGCCGGGGGCUUCUUCCGCCGCUCCCUGCUGCUGGGCGGGCUGCGGGCCGGGGGCCGCCGGGCCUCGCUGGCCGGCAAGCGGGGGUCCCUGCGCGGCGAGGCCGGGGCGGCGAGGCCGGCGGGGGCGAGGCCGGCGGCGGCGGCGGCGGGCGGCGGCGGCGGCGGCGGGGCCGGCCCGGGGCCCGAGGCCGGCCGGGCCCCGGCCCCCAUCGACGGCUCGGCCACCGAGGUGUACGCCGGCGAGUGGCGGGCCGACCGGCGCAGCGGCUACGGGGUCAGCCAGCGCUCCAACGGGCUGCGCUACGAGGGCCAGUGGCUGGGCAACCGGCGCCACGGCUACGGCCGCACCACCCGCCCCGACGGCUCCCGCGAGGAGGGCAAGUACAAGCGCAACCGGCUGGUGCGGGGCGGCCGCGUCCGCAGCCUCCUCCCCCUGGCCCUGCGCCGGGGCAAGGUCAAGGAGAAGGUGGACCGGGCCGUCGAGGGCGCCCGCCGGGCCGUCAGCGCCGCUCGCCAGCGCCAGGAGAUCGCCGCCGCCAGGGCAGCGGAUGCCCUCCUGAAGGCGGUGGCGGCCAGCAGCACGGCGGACAAGGCUGUGGAGGCCGCCCGGAUGGCCAAGGUGAUGGCCCAGGACCUGCAGCCCGCCGUGUUUGAUAAAUCAGGCCGCCGGACCAGGCGGGCCUCGUUAGGUUCGGACCCCGAGCCGCUGGACGACGACAGCGCGGGGGUCUACGAAAACGGACUGACCCCGUCCAACGGGUCCCCGGAGCCCCCCAGCAGGCCGGCCUCGCCCUGGCGGCCCCCGGCCCUCCCGGGCCCCCUGUCCGGCCCCCCGGCCUGGCCCGAGGAGUGGGGGGGAGGCCCCGGCGGGAGAGGGGAGGAGCUGGGGGGCUACGAGGCUGAGGACGAGGCCGGGGCGGGGGGCUGCGGCGGGGGCGGCGGCGGCUCGCCCCUCCUGGGGGCGUCCAGCGACAGCUCGGGCAGCCUGCGGGAGGAGGAAGGGGAGGGCGAGGACGAGGAGCCCCUUCCCCCCCCGGAGCCGCCCCCGGACCCAGCCCCGGAGCCCGCCCCGCCCGCGGGGUCGCCCCCGAGUGAGCAGGGGGGCCGGAGCCCCGGGGACCGGCCGGAGGAGGGGCCUGGGGCCACCGAGAGACCCGCCCGCCAGGGAGCUGCCAACCCCCUCGUGGUGGGGGCCGUGGCAUUACUGGAUCUCAGCCUGGCGUUCCUGUUCUCCCAGCUCCUCUCCUGAGGCCUCUCCCCGGCCUUUGGGCCUGCCGCCGCCCCCUUCUGCCCCGUCAUCUGCCUUUCUCUCUCUCUCUCUAUCUCUCUCUCGGUUUUUCUCUUUCUCCUCUCCCUCCCUCUGUUUUCCUCUCUUCUCUCUCCCCCUCCUUCUGUCUUUCGCUCUGUAUUUCCCUCGCCCUCUUCAUCUAGCAGUCUUUUCUGUUCUUCCACCUGUCUGAUUUUUCUUCCCCCCCCCC